UCCGGUUUGAGCCCCGUGAGCUCACCUACAUACGUUAGGGUGAAGCUGAAAUAGCCUCUCAAGGAUAUCAGCAUAGGUAGGUAAAAAAAAAAGUAGCAUACUCUUUGUACAUGCUGUUAAUUGGGCUGCUCGUAUCAUCGAUUUGCCAUGAAAAAAUAAAAUCAGACUUUCCUCUCAGACCUAAUUCAACAAUUAUGUAAUUAUUGAAGAACCACUAAAUUAACAAAAUAAUGCAAUUCACACUUCGCUCACCGCAUUUCCGGCAAAAAGGCUCAAACUAAAGUAAUUGUUGUGACCAUAAAUAACAGGCCUAAAUUUUUAGAAGGCAAUGCACAUCACUAGUCAUGGAAAAUGUCACCGAACUGAAAUUAUUAAAACUAAAAUAAAUUGAGCACUACAUAUGUACCUACAUAAAAUAAAAUAGAAUGUGUUGGAUGACAUUUGGUAUUUCUUCGUAAUAAAUAAAGACCACAAAAUGUUACGAAGUAUUUAUAAAGUGUCGGGAACGGUUCAAAAUAUAAGCACCAAAGUGAAAUUCCCAGAAAAAUUUAAAGGAACAAUUAUUGAAAAAUGGGCUGAUUACUGGAAGAACUUAUUUAUUGAUUAUCGACAAAUGUUGCAAGAUUUAAGGAGUGAUAUACAAGAUGAUCCAAUGAAAGCCAUGAAGUGGACAACUGGCAUUAUAACCUUUUAUGUAUUAUCGAGAAAUAAUCCAACAGAAUGUGAUUUUAAAGACAACUUGAAAAUUAUAAAUAAUGAAGUCGGACUAGUAAGUGAAGAAUGUUUAAAUCCAAAGGCAGUCGAACACUUGCGAUUUUUAGACACCUGUUACAAUCAAGAAGUUAUUCAUUAUAGAAGCUUGGGAAUUUUAUCUGUUAUGUAUACCUCAGAAUUAAGCAAUUCCUGUGACCUAUACAGGGCCCAUUGUACCUACACGAAACCAACAUAUUUCAGUUUCCCCUCCCGUAUCGUUGAUAUUGGAUUCAUGGGGAAAUGGUGGAACUUGUUUAUAAAAUCUACAAACUAUGAUGUUAAUUAUUAAAUGGAAGUUUUAUGGUUUGAUCUUGUACUUAUUAUUAUGUGAAAGUUGAUAUGUUUAUUGGCCUGUCUGAUAAUGAAAUAUUCAGUACAGUUGAAUAACACAACUAUCAAAAUUUUUGUACUUUGGGUGGUAAGAUUUACUUCUUGUGCAUUUAGUGACUGAACACUGCAUCAGCUAUGUUGUUUAAAUAUUAAAGCCUUACAAAGGCAUGCUGUAAUCUCUAAAAUAUGUAUUAAAAUCACCAUUGAGAUCACAAACAUUCCCUUUGCCUGUUUUGAUAGCCACAUAAGCUAAACA